CGUGAGAGCCGCCCGGAGCUUUCCCCGCGCCGUUCGGGGCUUCCCGGCGCGGUCUGAGCGCGCUUUUGUGUCCCCAGCGCCGAGGGAGGAGGUCGCCUACGUGACCUGCACCUACAGGAGCACCUGCACCGAGCAGCCCGAUUUCCUGGCCACCGUGGACCUCAACCCGCGCUCCUGCCACUACGGCCAGGUGAUCCACCGGCUGCCCAUGCCCAACCUCAAGGACGAGCUGCACUGCGCGGGCUGGGGCCCCGCCUGCGGCUGCUUCGACAGCGGCGCCGCGGCCAGAAGGACCAGGCUGGUCCUGCCGUGCCUCAUCUCCUCCCGCAUCUACGUGGUGGAUGUGGGCUCCCAGUGCCGGGCGCCUCGGAUCUGCAAGAUGAUCGAGCCCGUGGAUGUCUUCUGGAAGUGCAACAAGGGCUACCUGGCUGUCACGCACCCGCUGCCCAACGGGGACAUCCUGAUCGCCAACAUGGGCGACCCCGCUGGCAACGGCAAAGGUGGCUUCCUGCAGUUGGACGGAGAGAGCUACGACCUGAAGGGCAACUGGGAGAACGAGUGUGAGGCUCCCCCGACCGGCUACGACUUCUGGUACCAGGCCCAGCACAACGUGCUGGUCAGCUCGGCCGGGAUGGUGCCCAGACUGGCCGGGCGUGGCUUCAACCCCGAGGACCUCAAGAAAGGGGUCUUCGGCCGCCGCCUGAACGUGUGGAACUUGUCGUGCCGCAGCCUCACGCAGUGCUUCGACCUGGGCGAGGAUUCCCUGCCGCUGAGCGUGCGCUUCCUGCACAGCCCCGAGGCCGCCGAGGGCUACGUGGGCUGUGCCCUGAGCGGGACCAUCUUCCGCCUCUACAGAUCCUGCGAGGCGAACAACUGGGCCGUGGAGGAGGUGAUCCGGAUCCCGGCCAAGGACGUGAGGGGCUGGAUCAUGCCCACGAUGCCAGCCUUCAUCGCCGACCUCGUCAUCAGCCCGGACGACCGGUUCCUGUACGUGAGCAACUGGUGGCACGGGGACAUCCGGCAGUACGAGCUGGCCAGGAACUGCAAGCCCCGGCUGGUGGGGCAGGUGUUCGUGGGCGGCAGCAUCCUGCGAGGGGGCCCCGUGACCGUGUGCAGGGACGAGGAGCUCAAGUGCCAGCCCGAGCCGCUGGUGGUCAAGUGCAAGCGCGUGUACGGCGGCCCCGCCGCGCUGCAGCUGAGCCUGGACGGGAAGCGGCUCUACGUGACCAACUCCUUCUACAGCACCUGGGACCAGCAGUUCUACCCCAGCCUGAUCAAGGAGGGCUCGGUGAUGCUGCAGCUCGACGUGGACACGGACAAGGGCGGCCUGACCGUCAACAAGAACUUCCUGGUGGAUUUCGGCAAGGAGCCCAACGGGCCGUGCCUGGCGCACGAGAUUCGCUUCCCCGGCGGCGAUUCCAAAUCCGUGACCCUGCCCUGAGCCACCCCGGCAGCGCCGCUGUCCCGCCGGCAGCGCCGGCCUCGGCUGCGGCACCGGGGCUCCCGGGGGAUCCGGGCUUUGGGGUGCCCUGGGGGAUGGGUUUGGGGGGAUCCGGGCUUUGGGAUGCCCCGGGUGAUGGGUUUGGGGGAUCCGGGCUUUGGGGUGCCCUGGGGGAUGGCUUUGGGGGGAUUCGGGCUUUGGGGUGCCCUGGGUGAUGGGUUUGGGGGGAUUCGGGCUUUGGGGUGCCCCAGGUGAUUUCAGGGUUUGGGAUCCCCCGGGCCAUUCCCGGCCAUCCCUGUCCCCUGUUCCCGGUCCCCGUCCCCCUCCCCGGGCAGCUCUGCUUUCCCUGCAAUCAAUAAAGUUUUUCCUGCAUCA